AUGAAUUUCACGAGCCGAGUGGCGCUGCGCGGUGACCCGGUCGCUGCUGGCCCCCCGAGCGAGAGCGAAGUUGAUGGCCUUCCCGGGAAGCUCAGCAUCACUGUCCAUGGGGAGAACGCAGCGAAAUCUGUCAGUUCUCCAAAACAGGAUCCUGGCCACGAAGACAAGAAAGAUCCAGAGGCUGACGGAUCCAGCGAGGCGAACACCCAGCUGGUAAAUCCAAAGACGCUGAUAGUGUGCCGCCGAGGGCGCAGAGCCGCCGCAG